AUGAGAAGAGAUUUAAAUAAUUCUUAAAAUUAGUAAACACUAGAAAACAUACAACCUGUAGGAACUACAUAUGAAUAAGCCUUUGAGUUAUUGAGUUAAGCAUUGCUUUCAAAUUCUAUCUAUGCAAUUGCUGUAUUGAUUUUAAGUUUUGAACUUGCGUACAAUGGAAAUAUGUUAUGCGUGAUCUAUUGCAUUUAUUCAAAAUUAGUCUUAUAAAUUAUCCAUCAAAUAUACUUUUAUAGAGCAUUUGCUAAUAUGAAUAUAAAGUACAAUCAAGCUAUUAUGAGAUUAUUGUCACACUUUUUUGAAGGAUGCUAUAUUUUAGCACUAAAUAUGUAUGUUAUCACUCGUACAAGUGAGUUAUUGCUAUUUUCAAACAUAUUCCCUGUGAUAAAUAUUUUUAUUUCAUUAAUAGUCAAGAUUAAUGAGGGAAAUUAGUUUUUUAAAGAAUCAGUGCAAUAAAUCAAUUUGUUUUAUGUAUUUAGAAAUAUUUGUAUUUUGCUAAUAUCUAUAUUUUUCAGUUUAAAAAUAGAGGGAUAUUUUGAAAUUGAGUGGUUAUACACAUUAUGGAUGUUGUGGCUGUUAUUUAGUCUCUCAGCAUCAAUUGUUUUGUAUUACAUUUUUGUUGUAUUGGCAUUAUGCAUUCAAGUUAUUUUAGAAUAAAGCAAUCGUUAAAAAUACUUGGUGAUAACAAAUGUUUGGAUAUUAAUAUUCAUGCUAUCUUGUUCCUCAAUGUUUCUAAUGAUACCAAUAUUGGUGUUGAAUUACAAUUAUGGAAAUUAUAAUUUAGCCAUUUAAGUGGAUAGAAUAAUCUUAAUUGUCAACUAAAUUAUUUUCACUUAUUUUACUGUAAAAUUUAAGCCAGAAUUGAUAUCUGCAUUAUAAAUGUUCUUAUCUCUUAAUGAUUCUGUAAAUCCUCUCAAUACUUUGGCCACUCAAUAAGUAGAUGCAUAGCUUCAGCAGUUUAAUAAGCAGGAUUUUAUUGAGAGUUAAGUUUCGGAAGCAUAAAUGCAAAUUCCAAAAGUAGUAAAAAGAAUUUCGAAAACUUAUUUUGGAUUCGAUGACCUAAAUUCGGAUAAAAAAAGUGAAACUAAACUAUAAGAAUAAAAUAAAAAACCCACUCAUCAGAGAGCUUUAUCAUCUCAAAUUUAAAAAAACACAGAACAAAUCAAUGAAAAGAUUAAACUUGCAUCGAUGAUGAAUUUUAAAAUAAUUGAAAACCAAAAAAUGGAUGAAUUGAAAGGAACUUCCAUAUUACAUGAUAAAUAAGAUUAACCAAGAUCAAUUUCAUUGUCAUCCAUCAACUAGUGUUGCAUUUGCUUUGAUAAUGAACCAGAUGCCUUGUUUAUGUAAUGUGGACAUGGUGGAGUAUGUUAUCAUUGCGCUUUGGAUAUGUGGAAAAAUAAAGAUGAAUGCUAUUUAUGUAGAAAGAAAAUAGAAAGAGUAUUAUAGAUUUAAGUUUGUGAUAAUGAGAAAAAUAUAUACUAGGUAGUUGGAGCAACAGAAUUGAAUUCAAAAUUGAAAAAAAGACAUAAAAUUAGUUAAUAACAUGAUUAAUGA